AGCUCCUCGUGCCCUGCAUUGCCAGUCCUCGCACCGUCCGCUGGCUCUCUGGGAGUUUAGUUCACACGGCAGUGCUUCAUCAUCUUCAUUCGCGAACCAAACAGUCAUUCUUGUGCAGUAACAUAAAUUUCAAGAAGAUGGAGAUUGAAUCGAGAUGAGACGAAUUGUAUGUUCAGUGAUGUGGUUGCGUGCAUCACGCGACGUACUUUCUUCAUCUUGCUCAGUCCAGUAACUACCAGCGUCAUGUCCUGCAUCGCUGAGAGUGACGGGAGUCUGUGCCCAAGAUCCCUGGUGUUUGCAGGGAAUGACUUGCCUUGCCCCUGCUGUGACACUUCCCUUCUCUGCUCCAGGGAAACGAUUUGUGGUCCAGAGUAUUAUGCUUCCUUACAAGUGGAAAAAGAUGCAGACACGUGUCCAGUCUCAUUGCACGAAGACGUGCCAAGCAGCGAGUGGCCUGCACGAGCAACAGUGGCGAGCUGUGGUAGGAAGGAGAUGCAGCAGCUGGUCGGAGGCGCCUCGUCAGGUGUUGUGGCACGUUAUUUGUCGGGUAUCACUGAGCCUCCUGAUGACUCCCCUUACGAUCUUUGCUUCACACGUACUAGGUGUCACUCACAGGACGACUUUGAUCUUCUAGACCUUCUAGUCGAUCCCAAACUAGUCGAGCAUCUCGAUGACUGGGACAGUGACUUAGAAGACGCGAUAACUUCCGGAUGUCAGACCCCGGGGCUGUGUGACGCUGAAGAUGAUGGCGACCUUUGGGGUGAGGAAUGUGAAGGAUGGAAGCAAGAGGCGGAGAUCGAAAAUAGCUCUUGCGGGGAUAUGUCUAACACUUUAUGCUCAGACAGCAGUGAUUGCUGCAGUACCACCUCAUGUUCACAACUCUUACACAGAAAAAGACCAAUGUUUUUUGUAGGAGAUGAAGUUGAGAAAAUAGAUUUUCAAGAUGACACUGAGUUUGGAAACAACAGCUCUGGUGGAGAUACAGAGAUAGCGCUGGCCAAUGAUAGGCAGCACCGCAACAAGAGCAGCAGCAUGACCACCGAAAAGUGGAAGGUGAAGCGCUCCUUGUCUGACAUGAGGAAGGAGUCGCGCUCCUCGAUGGGGAUUCCCACGAAGUCUGCCUUAGCUCCUUUUCUCGUGCCCCUGCAGCCCAUCCUGACCGCCCUGCCUCCAGCUGUUGCCAGUGAGGUGGAGGAGCUCCGGAAGUUGUAUCCAGGUAUCUCAGAAGACUACCUCAAAACUCUUUGUGAAUUUGGGUUGCUGGAGGAAGUGACAUACUCGGAAUCCUCAUCGCCUACCUCUACUUUGUCUCGCGGGCGAGGCGUCUCCCUCAGUGGAUCUUAUGCCGGGCGGAAGCCGUCACAGUCGUACUCAGACACAACUGAAGACCAGCUUUCUGAAAGUAGCAUCCCUGACGAUGGUGCUUGUCAGCCCGAGUACCGCCCCACUCCCUCGGUUCGCGGUCUCUUCCUUACCGCCUCCCUCGUCUCAAUGGCUACCACAUUCACUGCCCCACGAGAGAGAAAAAGGAAUAUUAUUUGCAUCUCCAGCCGAAGCUCUGAGGGUUCGGCUGAUUCGAACUACUCGCAGCCGUCUUCGGACCUGUCGUUGGACGAGGAGAGAGAGAACCUCAGACGUGAGACAGAAAGACAGGCACUUUCGCAACUGGAGAAGGCAAGGAGUUCUCGCCGCGGGGCUGGUGGGUUCAGGCGCAGGACAGAGGGUCAGGCUCUCGUCACGCUGCAGAAGGCCCUGACCAAGCCUGUAGCGUUCUCGGUGCGGACCAACGUAGCUUAUGAUGGCUCUCUGGACGACGACUCACCAGUUCACGGCUCCGCCAUCUCCUUCGACGUCAAGGACUUCCUUCACAUUAAGGAGAAGUACGACAAUAACUGGUGGAUCGGGCGCCUAGUAAAGGAGGGUGCGGACGUCGGGUUCAUCCCCUCCCCCGUCAAGUUGGAGAAUCUGCGAAUCCAGCAGAAGAGCUGCAAGCUGCACUCCAAAACUUCCUCCUCGGGUAACCUGGGAAUGAUAAAUGAUGUUCUAUCCAAUAGCAAGAGCUCUAACUCCCGAGGCUCUACUCCCCCUACCCCCGGACUUGAUCUCGACAACGGUAUAGACUCCAACCUGGGGGAAGACUCCGAUUCCUUGGGCAACUCCAAGGGGAAAACUUCCAUCACCACCCCUCCGGCGAAAGGAAAAAAGAAUCCUUUCUUUAAGAAACAGGAGAAUAUUCCUCCUUACGAUGUCGUGCCUUCCAUGCGCCCGCUUGUGCUCGUCGGCCCCUCCCUAAAAGGGUACGAGGUCACGGACAUGAUGCAGAAGGCGCUUUUUGAUUACAUUAAGCACAAGUUUGAGGGAAGGGUGAUCAUCACGAGGGUGAGCGCCGAUAUCUCUCUGGCCAAAAGGAGUCUUCUCAACAACCCCAGUAAAAGAGCCCUUAUGGAACGCUCAAACUCCAGGUCUUCUUGUAUAGCCGAAGUUCAGGCAGAGAUUGAGCGGAUAUUCGAGUUGGCCAGAACCUUGCAGCUGGUGGUGUUGGACUGUGACACCAUCAACCACCCGUCGCAGCUGGCCAAGACCUCUUUAGCGCCUAUCCUCGUGUACCUCAAGAUCUCAUCUCCUAAGGUAUUGCAGCGUCUAAUAAAAUCCCGGGGCAAGUCUCAAAGUCGUAACCUCAACGUGCAGAUGGUUGCCGCUGAGAAGUUGGCGCAGUGUCCACCUGAGAUGUUCGAUGUCAUCCUUGACGAGAACCAGCUGGAGGACGCGUGUGAACACAUAGCGGAGUACUUGGAGGCGUACUGGCAAGCAACGCACCCGCCCCUACCUCCGCCACAAAUCCAGCGACCCCUCCCAUCUCCCCACACCAGCCCUCGCUCUAACCACGCGCAGGGAAAUCUCAUGCGGACCAACUCAACGCCGCCAGGUCCUCCCGGGUCCGUGGCUCGUGAGCCCGGCUACCCUCGCUAUGCGGAUGAGAGAGUGUACCAUCGAGGGGGUCCCACGGGACAUGGCGGCCGAACUCUUCCCUCCCGUGACCCUCGGGAUAUGAGAGAUCCCAGAGAUAGGGACUUACGGGAUGAUGAGUAUGGUGAAAGGCUUCCUCCCCAGGAUCCUGGGCACAUGUACGACCGCCCACCAGACCGACCCUCAGGACGUCGACAGUUACCACCUACAAGAGAUGAAGAUUACCACUCUCCACACCGCCCUCCCACACGCCAAACCCUUAAUGUGUAGCAGUUAGCCUUUGUUUGUAGCAGUUAGUGCUUGUUUGUAGCAUUCAGUGCUCAUUUGUAGCCUUCUGGUCUCUUUUCAAAGAAAUAACAAUAAUGUAAAAUACCUCCAUGUAUUUAAUACAGAGGGGUUGAACAUUUAAGGCAUAUGAAGGCUAUAUAUUAUAAAUAUGCAAUGGCUACCAACAUUCACUACUGUCACAACCUGAACUUGUACUGUUCUAAACUUCAGAACACUUUUGAUACUCCAAGUGAAUAAUGCUGUUUGUGAGACUAAUAUUGGCUCCAGUAGGUUAUGAAAUGUCUUUAACCUCAAUGGUUGUUACAGAAUGUGUGCAUAUGAUGGGAUUCCUCUCACACCAUGCGUUGUGAUAGUCCAGUUAUUAAGUAAGAGAUCAAUGUUACCUGUCCCACAGAAGCAUAAUACAUCCCCUCAGGCCUGUCCCUAUCCUUUUUGGCUGCCUUACACAAAUACUUUAUCUCCAUUUGAACUGAUUAGAAAAAUUAUGAGAUGAAAGGCCACUUGAGGAGCUUUGCCAUGUGAGAUACACCAUUGUUAGCCAAUGGGCACCUGGAGUAAGGUGUUGAUAUCAGUCCCAUAUUUUCCAGCCAUUGAGCACCAUCCUGGAAAUGCAAACAAUGGAACACUGGUCUGAAAAGUGAAUUGUUGGAAAAUGUGAACUACAUUUUAUUCUAAUGACCCAAACUAUAAAGAAAUAAUUUUCAUUUGUCUUUGCUCAUCAUGUACCGUUCAUUCAUGUACUAUGAGUUUCAUGUUCUGCCCACAUGCCUUAGGCAGAUGUGUUUUGAAAUAAUGUGAGAAUGUGACAUUAUAAAUACAAUUGUAUAUAUAGUUGGUUGUACACUAAGGAUUGGCACAGUAUCCUUUGCCCAAGUUGUUCUUAAAACUGCCUUUAACCACUGUAGUGUUGAAUAUUACACUAGUUUAUUACACUAGUUUUUAAUAUUUUCACUUUGUAGCUUGGAACUGUUCAUUAUAUUAGGUUUAACAUUUUGUAUUCCAUGAUUGUUCACUUUGCAUUUAAAAAACCUAAAAAUGCAGAGUUACUUUACAUCUAACACAGCAGUUGGAUGAAGUUCAAAUUUUUAUAAGACAAUUUUUUCUGACUAAUCCUACUAGUAACAUGUAUCAAUACUACAAACUUACAGAAACCAUACUGUCUGUAAUAGCUGAUGUAUCAGUUUAAAUAAUUUUUAUUCAAGUUUUGGGCUCAUGGUCUGAUAAUCACACUAUGAUGCAUCAUGAAAGCUGCUACACUGUAUUGAAAAAAAAAAUGUGAUAGUAGAGUAUUAACCAAGCUUUCAAAGUUGACCAAAGUAAAUAUUAUGGUAUUACUGUACCUUUUUAUGUAAUUAAUACUAAUACUAAGAC